CGGCGAGGGCGUGGGGGGGCGCAGCCCGGCGGGCCCGGCGAGCAUGGGGAAGGGGGGGAACCAGGGCGAGGCGGCGGGCGAGCGCGAGGCGGCGAAGCCCACCUUCCGCUGGGAGGAGAUCCAGAAGCACAACCUGCGCACCGACAAGUGGCUGGUGGUGGACCGCAAGGUCUACAACGUCACCGCGUGGGCCAAGCGGCACCCGGGCGGCCACCGGGUCAUCGCGCACUACGCGGGGGAGGACGCGACGGAUGCCUUCCGUGCCUUCCACCCGGACCUGGACUUGGUGGGCAAGUUCCUGAAGCCCCUGCUGAUCGGGGAGCUGGCCCCCGAGGAGCCCAGCCUGGACCGCGGCAAGAGUGCUCAGAUCACCGAGGACUUCCGGGCCCUGAAGAAGACUGCGGAGGACAUGAACUUGUUCAAAACCAACCACUUCUUCUUCUUCCUCCUCCUGGCUCACAUCAUCGUCAUGGAGAUGAUUGCAUGGCUUAUCCUUCGUUACUUCGGCAAUGGCUGGAUUCCUACCCUCAUCACGGCCUUUGUCCUUGCUACCUCUCAGGCCCAAGCUGGCUGGCUUCAACACGAUUACGGCCACCUUUCUGUCUACCAGAAGUCCAAGUGGAAUCACGUUGUCCACAAGUUCGUCAUCGGCCACUUAAAGGGUGCCUCCGCCAACUGGUGGAACCAUCGCCAUUUCCAGCACCACGCCAAACCCAACAUCUUCCACAAGGAUCCGGAUGUGAAGAUGCUGCACGUCUUCGUCCUGGGUGAAUGGCAGCCCCUCGAGUAUGGCCGGAAGAAGCUGAAAUACCUGCCUUACAAUCACCAGCACGAGUACUUCUUCCUCAUCGGGCCUCCGCUGCUCAUCCCCAUGUACUUCCAGUACCAGAUCAUCAUGACCAUGCUUAUCCGCAAGGACUGGGUGGACUUGGUCUGGGCCAUCAGCUACUACAUUCGCUUCUUCUCUACCUACAUCCCUUUCUAUGGCGUCUUGGGAGCCCUCGUUUUCCUCAACUUCAUCAGGUUCCUGGAGAGCCACUGGUUUGUGUGGGUCACGCAGAUGAACCACAUCGUCAUGGAGAUCGACCUGGACCACUACCGAGACUGGUUCAGUAGCCAGCUGGCGGCCACCUGCAACGUGGAACAGUCCUUCUUCAAUGACUGGUUCAGCGGGCAUCUCAACUUCCAGAUCGAGCACCACCUCUUCCCCACCAUGCCCCGGCACAACUUGCACAAGAUUGCCCCGCUGGUGAAGUCACUGUGUACCAAGCAUGGCAUUGAGUACCAGGAGAAGCCACUGCUGCGGGCCCUGCUGGACAUCAUCAGUUCCCUGAAGAAGUCGGGGCAGCUGUGGCUGGACGCCUACCUCCACAAAUGAAGCGGCAGCCCUCGGGGCAGCCAGGGGGACGGGGUGCAGGUGUGGGGGACGAGGACCCGAGGGAGGGGCGGGCUUUCCUUCUGAGAAGUUCUUGUGUAAGGCCGGGGUACACACGCAGCAGUUCAUGGAUCCCUCCCUUUCU